AUGCUUUUCAACACUCAACGCGCCCUUGCGGUGUCUAGUGUGCUAAUGGCAACCACAUCAGCAGUCACACAAGACUUCAAAGUGGUUGCUCGCGGUGCACCAUUAGGGACACUGCAGGCCUGCUACUCCAGCAUUCCUGGAUACGAAAAGCCAACAACCUGGACAUAUCAGAGUUCCGGAUGGUGUCUGGACCAUUGCGCCAAGGAAUUCGCGACAUUUGCUUUGACAGGAGGCUCCGACUGUGCGUGCGGCAAUACAUUACCACCAGCCAGCGCCAAGGUUUCGAGCGACAAAUGCAGCAAGUCAUGCAGCGGCUGGCCCGAUGACAUGUGUGGUGGUACUAACUACUACUCUGUCUAUACCACAAAUCUGAAAGACGACGUUCCUACGUACUCCGACGACUCCUCCAAAGACUCUAAGGAUUCCAAGGAGACAAAGACCACCACAACCACAAGCAGUAACAGCAGCAAAACUACGACGCAAGCCAACGAGGCUGCCCCCACCUCUUCCACUGUUGCCAGCACAAGGACAGAGACCGCGACAGCUGCGGCUAGCUCGAGCACUGUGCCCGAAGACGAUUAUGAGGAACAGUCUGCGAAGAGCAAGAAUACUGCCGCGAUUGCGGCCGGAGUCGUGGUUGGAGUGGUCGGAUUCGCUGCUCUCUGUGGUGCUAUCUUCUUCUGGUGGCGAUCCAAGAGGACCAAGGCCAACGCUGCGGGCGGGGCGACUGGCGGCUAUGGCCGCGACUCUGGCCCGCCCUCGAUGUCCGAUUCUCGGUUCGAUGGCGACUACAUGGCUCAGCGUCGCCAAAGCAAUGGUAGCAUCGAUGAUGACCAUGACUUCUCUCGUCGGAUCUUGCAGGUGACGAACCCCGAUCGCUAA